UAGAACGUAUUCAGACAGUGACGGUGAGAAAAGACUUGUGUGUGCUGUGAAAUGAAUCCUUUGCGCGUGCCUGUAUUCUGUGGAUGUCCUUGUUAUAUCAAUCUACAAAACUAGGCUAAAUUUGAAACUGUGUGUAUGCUAGCUGAACGCACGUAAUGCAGUUUAAUAGCACAGCUUUAACGUCCAACCAGAAGAGUGCAGCACUGCAGUCAAAUCGUGGAGAAAUGGCGAGCGAAGACAUGGAUGUAUUUUGCAACUCUGACUUUUGGAAUUCCAAUGAAACAUGGUAUACUGAAAACCCAGAGCUGUCGCCAUGUUUCCAGAAUACAGUAUUGGUAUGGGUGCCAUGUCUCUUUCUGUGGGCUUUUGCACCCCUGGAGACGUACUACAUCAUUCACAGCAAGACAAGGAAUAUACCUUGGAACUGGUUGAAUAUCACCAAACUUGUUCUGACCAUUUUACUGGUGAUAUUAGCAGCUGUAGACUUUGGGCAUUCAAUUCAUUUGAGUACUGAUGGCGAAAAUGUAUCAUCUGCAGACUUCUAUUCACCUAUAAUUAAAAUAGCAACAUUUAGUUUGUCAGGAGCACUUGUUACGUACAAUCGUGUUCGUGGACUUAGGACAUCAGGGCUGCUUUUCCUAUUCUGGUUCCUCUUGGCACUGUGUGGAGCAGUGCGAUAUCGUUAUGAGCUCACUGGUGGGAACAGUGAACAGGUGGACCAGGCAUUUCCUUUUGUCAGUUACAUGAUAUACUAUCCUCUGGUUCUUGCCAUGCUGGUAUUCAACUGUUUUGCUGAUGCUCCCCCUAGAUAUUCUGAGUAUCCUUCUGUUGAAAGACCAUGCCCCGAGCAGAGUGCCUCAUUUCUGUCCAAAAUCUUCUUCGCAUGGUUUGAUCCACUUUCAUGGAGAGGAUUUCGUAAACCUCUUGAGACAAAAGACCUUUGGAAUAUGAAUCCUGAAGACACCUCAAAAGAAGUUGUUCCUAUAUUUGAUAAAUAUUGGGAAGAAACACUUCGUAAGACAUCGAAUGUUCCAAGUCCCAAAGCAACAUUCAGCAAAACGUCAGGGAAUGUGGAUUUUGCUGGUGAGAAGCAACGUAAAAAAUACCAGGCCUCAAUUCUGCCUGCUUUAUGUAAGGCCUUUGGCCCUACAUUUAUCUUUGGAUCACUCCUGAAAAUGAUACAGGAUAUUCUGACAUUUUGCAGCCCACAGAUAUUGAAAUUGUUGAUUUCGUUUGUUGAAGGCAAAGAGCCCUUAUGGAAGGGUUACUUAUAUGCAAUACUCAUGUUGGCUACAGCAUCUCUACAAACACUGAUCCUGGCUCAAUAUUUUAACCGCAUGUUCUUGGUUGGUCUUCGGAUCAGAACUGCUCUUAUUUCUGCAAUAUAUCGCAAGGCCUUACGUAUGUCGAACACUGCACGGAAAGAAUCUACAGUUGGCGAGAUUGUGAAUCUCAUGUCCGUGGAUGCUCAAAGAUUCAUGGACCUCACUGCAUAUCUGAAUAUGAUUUGGUCGGCCCCACUGCAAAUUGGUCUAGCACUGUACUUCUUAUGGCAAACACUUGGUGCAUCUGUUUUUGCUGGAUUGGCAGUUAUGGUCAUUUUGAUUCCUGUUAAUGGAGUUGUUGCCAGCCGUGUGAAAACACUACAGAUCCGACAAAUGAAAUACAAGGAUGAGCGGGUGAAGUUGAUGAAUGAGGUAUUGAGUGGAAUUAAAGUGUUGAAACUGUACGCAUGGGAGCCGUCAUUUGAGCAGCAGAUUCUGAAGAUACGAGACAAAGAAAUUGCUGUACUUAAGCAGACAGCUUAUCUCAAUGCAAGCACAUCAUUUAUAUGGUCUUGUGCACCAUUCCUGGUGUCAUUGGUCACCUUUGCCACGUUUGUCCUGUCGGAUCCAAACAACAUUCUUGACUCGAAGACAGCAUUCGUCUCACUGUCACUCUUCAAUAUUCUGCGUUUCCCUCUCUCUAUGUUACCUAUGCUGAUAUCGAAUAUGGUGCAGGCAAGCGUUUCCAUCAAGCGUAUGAACAAGUUCAUGAAUUCUGAAGAACUAGAUCCCAACAGUGUGCAACAUGAUGUGUCUGAAAGAGAUGCAUACGCAACAGUUUUUAGGUGUGCCCACAAGUUAAAAUCUGGUGAGGGUGGAGGCCAUCUUGGUUCAAUUGCUUAUGUUCCACAGCAGGCAUGGAUACAGAAUGCAACACUUAGGGAUAACAUUGUAUUUGGAAGAUCCAUGGAUCAUGCUUCGUACCAAAGGGUUAUUGAGGCUUGUGCUUUAAGACCUGAUCUGGAGAUGCUCCCAGCUGGUGAUCAAACAGAGAUUGGAGAAAAGGGUAUUAACCUCAGUGGAGGUCAGAAACAGCGAGUUUCCCUUGCUCGAGCCGUCUACAACAGCGCAGACGUUUAUUUUCUGGAUGACCCCCUUAGUGCAGUAGAUAGCCAUGUUGGCAAACAUAUUUUUCAAAAUGUUAUUGGGCCCAGUGGCAUGCUUCACAAAAAGACAAGAGUGUUGGUGACACAUGGAAUCACCUAUUUGCCAGAUGUGGAUAUAAUUGUUGUUCUGAAAGAUGGUGAAGUUACUGAGCUGGGCACAUAUAGGCAGCUACUAGAGAAGAAGGGGGCAUUUGCAGAAUUCCUAGUUCAACACCUGACGGAAGUUGAUGGUGAUGAUGGCACAUCAGAAGCUGACUUGGAUGAAAUUAAACAACAGUUAGAAAAUACAAUUGGUACAGAGGAACUUCAGCAGAAACUUAAUCGGGCAAGAUCUAGAGUGUCUGAAAGUCAAAGUGACAUAGGUUCUCUCUCGGGUGAAAAAAGAUCAUUAUCAGAAUCACUUCACAGGCAACACUCGGUAGAAAGCAGCACAGAAAAGUCGGGCUCUCUGCGUAGACUGAAUUCAUUGGACAAAGGCACCGGCUCUAAUUCUAACUGUGUUGCGAAACCUGUUGGAGAUAAGCUAAUUGAAGUUGAGAAGGCUGAAACUGGAAGUGUGAAAUGGCGUGUUUAUUCCCAUUACCUCAGGAGUAUUGGACUCUUCCUUUCUGGUGCAACAAUAUUUUUCAACAUGGUUUUUCAAGCUUUCUCAAUUGGCUCAAAUGUGUGGCUUUCGGAGUGGUCAAACGAUAAAAAUGUCAGUGUGAACGGGACAGUAGAUGAAAGCAAAAGAGACCUUUAUUUGGGUGUCUACGGAGCUCUUGGUGCCGGCCAAGUCAUUGCAGUGCUCAUCUCUUCAAUGUACCUGGCAUUGGGCACUCUUCUGGCAGCUACUUAUCUCCACUCCCAGAUGCUCUCACAUGUUCUCACCAACCCCCUGAGCUUCUUCGAUACUACACCCACAGGCAGGAUCUUAAACCGGUUCAGUAAAGAUAUUGACACCCUGGACAACACAAUCCCACAUAAUAUCCGGGCAUGGCUCACCUGCCUGUUUUCGAUAGUGUUUGCAUUUGGUGUGUGGUCAGAUGUGUCAUGUGAUGUUCGGAAAGCAUUUUCAUCAUUUUUUACCGACCUGGCCCCACAACUAGGCUGUUGGGCAGCCGCCCGAAUCAUGCACAUUGUCAUGUUACGUGGUAUUCUCCGAGCACCUCUCACAUUCUUUGAUACAACACCCACUGGACGAAUUAUUGGGCGCUUCGCAAAAGAUAUCGACGUGAUGGACACAUCAAUGCCCCAUCAAAUUUCUGAUUCAAUUUAUUGCCUUUUUGAGGUUAUUGCCACUCUUGUGGUAAUCAGUUACAGCACUCCCAUCUUCAUAACUGUGAUUGUUCCUAUUGGCAUCUUAUAUUAUUUUAUCCAGCGAUUCUAUGUCGCCACUUCACGUCAGCUAAAGAGGUUAGAGUCAGUUUCAAGGUCUCCUAUUUACUCGCACUUUGGAGAAAGCAUCACAGGAGCACAGACAAUUCGAGCAUAUGGUGUGCAGCAGAGGUUCAUGCAGGAAUCGGAGAGCAGGGUAGACUUCAAUCAAAUCUGCUAUUUUCCCAGUAUAAUUGCAAACAGGUGGCUGGCUGUGAGACUGGAAAUGGUGGGAAACCUCAUUAUAUUCUUCGCUUCAUUGUUUUCUGUUCUCGGAAGGGACACCAUGAGCCCAGGUCUUGUGGGCCUGAGUGUUAGCUAUGCAUUACAGAUCACACAAACACUCAACUGGUUGGUGAGAAUGACAUCAGAUGUGGAGACAAACAUUGUAGCUGUGGAGAGAAUCAAAGAGUAUGGAGAGACGGAACAGGAAGCACCAUGGGAUAUACCAACAAACCAGCCAUCAAGCAGCUGGCCUGAAAAGGGAGAAGUGGAAUUCAAAGAUUAUCAGGUCCGCUACAGAGAAGGACUUGAUCUUGUUCUGCGAGGCAUCUCCUUUACUGUUAAAGGGGGAGAGAAGGUUGGUAUUGUUGGACGGACAGGUGCUGGCAAGUCAUCCCUUACAUUAGGCCUGUUCCGUAUUAUUGAACCUGCAGGUGGGCAGAUCCUUAUUGAUGGAGUGGAUAUCUUUAAACUUGGACUGCAUGCUCUGCGGUCACGGUUAACAAUCAUCCCUCAAGAUCCAGUCCUGUUCUCAGGAACAUUACGCAUCAACUUGGAUCCAUUUGGCCGGUAUUCUGAUUCAGAUGUGUGGCUAGCUCUUGAGCAUGCACAUCUGAAGGCCUUUGUUAAGGGAUUGCCUGAUGCACUUGAACAUCCUGUGUCAGAAGGAGGCGAGAACCUCAGUGUUGGACAGCGUCAGCUGAUAUGCUUAGCGAGAGCUUUACUUAGGAAAACGAAAGUCCUCAUUCUGGAUGAAGCUACUGCUGCUGUUGACUUAGAAACUGAUGACCUUAUACAGACGACAAUCCGUAGUGAGUUCAAGGACUGCACAGUACUUACGAUAGCACAUCGUCUAAACACAAUUAUGGACUCCAAUAGGGUGAUAGUCCUGGACCGAGGUCUGCUCGUUGAAUAUGACACUCCAGAAGCACUGCUACAGAACAAAGCAUCUGUAUUCUACGGAAUGGCGAAGGAUGCUGGUUUGGUGUGAAUCUUUGUAAUGUGAUGGCUUAUGCCUCUGUAUCUUAUGAUGAGACAGCAGUAUGAAGUUGUCAUCUCAGGUUGACUGGUAGUAGUUUUUGUUGUCCAGAAACUGGAAUGAAUGCUCUGUUCCUUCCAGCAGCUUGUUUUUUGCAGUGAGCUGUGUUCGCUGCAUGUGUGCGAGUAUGACUGUAUCACGGAUGCACGCAUCUCACAAGAACGGGAUGUAUUCAUGGAAGACUUACUCAUAUUAUGUGAUACUUGCCUGUUGUUAAAGUAUUUAAGUCAGUUUAACGAUGUGAAUGUAAAACAGUACCAAUGUUGCAACAGUCUGAAUAUCAGAUGGCUGUAUGAUGCUAUCUCCAUCUACAUUCAAUAAUUCAGUUCAGUUUUCAUUUUAACUUGGAACGGAAGUAUGGUUAUCUUGUGAAUAUUCACGUACGUUGUAUGUAGAGUAUACAUGGGAGUUGUGAAGUUGAGGUGUCUUUUGUUUUGUUAUUGUAUACAUUGCCACAGUUUAUUUAGGGAAAUAUUGUUUAAAAAUAACAUAUUUAUGUAUUUAUUCCAAAGUUUCAGUCAAGAAAUCCAACCAAAAUCGGUCUGUGAGAUACAAGGCCCUUGGAAUAGUGACUAUGACGAUUCCUGUCUUCUGGGAUGUGUUGCCAUGUUAUCUGGUAGACUAUUUAGCACUGUUUAUGAGAGGCAACUUUGAAGAUGGAGACUGCAUGUUCUUCCAAAACAUCAGUAAACUUCUACCAACUAUUAUGUCCCAGGAAACAGCAAUCUUUGCAAAUUAGUUUGUGUCUGAAACAAAUUAUUUCAUAAUAUCUUAUGCCUACAGAAUUAAUAAUCACAUAUUUCGUUACAUCAGCACUCUGUAUUUGUCACAUAUUUCCUAAGACAAAACAGUAGUAUGAUCUGUGUGACAGUAACAUAUAUGCAUGUAGCUAUGGUAUUGAAUUUGUGUCUGUGAUUUUGUAAUAGGUCCACUGCAACAGGCAGUGAAUGUACCCGUUCUGUAGAAACUGUUUAUAGACUAAGUAUGUGGCACAGCCAGCAGUAUGUGAAGUAUACAAAAUGGACAUAAUGUUUAAUAUAUGUUUUAAUUUAGAGGUUAUAAAAUUUGUAUUACUAACUUUGCAGACUUAUCAUCUGAUGUUCUUAAAACAGAGUAUCACAGAAUGUACAGAGUCCAAAAGACUGGUAACAUUAAAUGUGGUACACCAUUGUGAGAACUCUUUACAAUUCAUGUAUAACAUUAAUGCUUGUAUAUAUUUUUAUGCUCUGCCCAAAUAAAAUUGUUUGUUAUUGAUACCAAGACAGUGUACUGGAUGUAGUUACAAUGUCUUGUCAUGCAAGUACCUACAACAUUUAUGCCCAUUUUGCCAAGCUAAAGGAAUGCAGUUACAUACAGCAAUAAAACUGCCUAUAUAAGUCCUUUACAGUGAUGCCAAGGCAAUCAGUGACUUACGGCUUUUGACCAUUAUGUGGUCAUUUAAGUCUAUUAAUAUUAUGCUAUCCAGCAUUUUAAGAAAAACAAAGUUACCUUAUUAAUGGGAACAUUAAUCUGUAUGCUGUGAAUAUGUUAAUGGAAGGGAUCUACAGGCAUAUUUUUGAGUAACAAAAUAUUCGAACAUAUAUUUUACAUAUCUACAAGUAAUAUGUAUAAUGCAGACAGUUGUGUAUUUUUGUUUGGAUUUUACAUGAACAAACUAAUGUUAGUUGAGGUUAAAUUGUGUUGACACCAUGCAUAUGUGCAUUUGUGUUCAUAUGAGGCAGGUGGACUGGAAAGAAAUGGAUGCCCUUUCUUCCUAAAAUAUAUAUGUAUAUGUUUUAAAUGAAAAUAAUUUUUUCACAUUACAGUCUUGCAUUUUGAUGUUACAGUGUUUCUGAAUAGGAAUUGAGCUUGGCUGAACUUCAGAUGCAUCCAUUUUUAUAACGUUCACAAAUUGCCAGCUGUGUGAUUCCUGUACUCAAACCAUAUAAGUACUGUCUAAAUGCAGCUGAUAAGCAUGUAAACAUCACAUUUUGUACACUGAUCGUUACUGUUAUGCAUGAUUUAGUUGGCAGUUUGAGUUUCCUUGCCUUUUUAUUGUAAUUACGAUUUUUUGUUGUUCUGAUGUUGUUUCUAAGCAUACGGCAUUCUCAUGAUGGAUUGCACUCCACACUGAGAGCCUGUUCAUUGCAGUUUCUCAUAUGAUUAUGAUAUAAUACUGCAACAGAAAGUUUCUUCUUGCCAAGCCAUAUUGAAUUCUGAUAUCACUGAGAUACUUAAAUUAAAUACAAA